AUGCCGGCGGCUCUAGCCCCAACAGUCCCAAGAGGGGAAGCUGAGGUCGAUGAAGUCGCCGCGCCGGGGUCUCCGGCCGGGGUUAUGACUCAGCCGGUGCCAUUGGCGCCGGAGGUGGUGAUCGACGUCUCCGACGAGGACGAGUCGGAAGACUCAGCCCCGCUGGUGGAUCCUGUUGCCGUCGCUUUGGCCUCCACCGCCGCGCCUACAUCCGUUGCCUCCACCGCCCUCGAUGUCCCUGGCCCCUCUGCUCCUUGCGCCGUUGGCUCACCGGACACGAGCCGUGACGAGGAGAUAGCGAGAAAGCUCUUUGUUGAGCUGAACCGUGAGGCCAUCAGCAUCCCAGGAGACGGCGGCCUGGUGAUCCUCAGCAGCGACAGUGAAGAAGAGGCCGCCGAGGAGGACGCCGGCGAGGAGGAGGACGAGCCCAUGGACAGUGGGUCGCCGUCGAGGAGCUAG